UCCCCCUCACUAAAACAUUUUCACCAUUUUUGCGUCCACAAUCUCCUCUUUCUCUCUGCUCCAGAGCGAUUAACCUCAACCAUCUUUCUCUCUCUCCGCCGAACAGAAUGGAUGGGCAUAGUGCAGAUAAUACAAAACAAAGCACCGCUGAUAUGACUAUAUUUGUACAGAAUCUUCUUCAACAAAUGCAAACCAGGUUUCAGACUAUGUCCGAAUCAAUCAUCUCAAAAAUAGAUGAUAUGGGGAACCGAAUUGAUGAAUUGGAGCAGAGCAUCAACGAUUUGAGAGUUGAAAUGGGCCAAGAAGGUUCUCCAUCACCUUCAGCUGCACUGAAGUCGAAAGAUGAUUCAAAAGCUGCUGAUGAUUCUGCAUAAGACAAUCCAUUGAGGUGGUUUAUGGGAGGCAGUUGAUGCUGUUUCUUACGUUGUUUGCUUCUUUGGUUGUGCUGUGCCUUUUGAGAUUUAUGCUUGAUAGCUGUUUUCUAUACAUGUAUUCUCUCAUUCUUGGUAGAGAGAUAUCUGCUAUUGGUCGUUGAUGCGACUAUCAAAUACAAUUUAACAAUAGAUUUGCUUUAGAAAUGAUACUCUAAAGGGUGUGUAGCCAAGGGUUAUUUUGUUGAAAUUUUAUCGGUGUGUAAUGAAGGGUUAUUUUGUUGAGAUUUUAUCAUCAGAGACCAGUUUUCUUGGCAAA